AUGACACUCUGUUUCCGAUGUCGGCAAUCCUAUCGCAACGCCUCUUCGUCGACAGGCCAAGCUGAUGAGCUCUCGAGGUCGACUGCAUCAAGUGCCACUCGUCAACGGAACUCUCUCAGACCUGGCGAGCCCACCAGUCGUGCAGGCUCUCUUCCCACAACCCCGCCGACCAGCUGCACUGUUGUCAUGACCGCACGGACAACCGACUCUUUCCAAUCGGCUUGUUCUCCACAUCAAUUUGAGUCGCAUGGCUCGACGACUAAGGCUCUCCCUGCUUCGACGAAAACAUGCUCGGCCAAGGUCAGUCAAGCUCAUGUAGGGACAAAUUGUGGUUUCUUUUAUAACCCAGCAGGUGCGUAG